UCGUGUCAUGCCAGUUAUUACAAACAUUAUCCUGGUGGAAUAAUUAACCUGUUAAACAUCCAGAGCAGCAUGCAUAUUCCUGUGGUCGUCCAAGACCAACGUUGCCGCUGUGACGCCGCACGUGAGAUCACCGCGGACCGGGAUUCUACCGAGGCGUCCAACCUGCAGCUCUCCAGGUUCCACGCCACUUCCGGUGUCCUGGAGAGCCUCUCCCUUCCGAACAGCUUGACCACAACGCGAUUUAUGCCAUCCUGCACCCGCUUGCCCACCGGGGAGAUCCUCCGCAAAGCGCGCUUGAACGACGCCGGCGUCGGCUGGAUGUCCAUCGCCCUGGACGUCCACCGUACUACCGUGACCUUUCGCCAGGUCCCGGUCGUCAACGAUCUCCGCUUUCUCCGUUCACACCGACCAAUGUGCGUCGGGGGAGCCGUAUACGGAUUCACGAGGGGGAACGUCGCCGACACGCGGUUUGUACGUGUGGAUUGGCGCAGCGGAGAAACGGAGGAUUUGUCGAAUCCUCCGACUAACGGAAGCGAUGUCCGGGGCGAUUACGCCAGUGUAUGCACGAGUGAGGGAAUUUUCUAUUGCGGCGGCUGGCACUCAUCGUCGACCGCCAGCCGGGCGGCGGAGUUAUUUAAUCUCACCACUAAACAUUGGACUACGCUACCGGAAAUGUUGAUAGCGCGACGCGAACACGCAGCGACCGUGGUGGACGAAUUUAUCUACGUCACGGGCGGUUGGUCUGACGACUGCUUAAGCGCUUGCGAGCGGUUCAACCGGCAGACGCACAGAUGGGAGCGGACCGCGGAUGUGCUCCAGCCGCGGUGUUGUCAUGCCGGUUUUGUCGUCGACGGUCAGCUGUAUGUGUUCGGCGGACAGAGCGACCGCACCGUGACGCCGGUCGACACCAUGGAAGCGUACGAUGCGCGGGCGGAUAAAUGGCGGGAAGUUCCGCUUCGGGAUGAAAGGGAUAAGGAAUGGGCGGGGCCAUCGCGUCGCAAUCAAGUGACCAUAUGUUGUUAGUUGCUGGUUAUAUCGUUUGCAAUUUAUUUACAUUUUCUACUGGUAUUUAAUUUUUUUUUGCAUUUUAUUUGCUUACAUUUCCAUGCAAUCGACUCUUUUACUU